GCGCUCUUUUUGGGACCAUGGAGACCAUGAAGGAGAUCGCCGUGAAUGUCAAUGGCAAGGGCGCCAUGCAGCUCGUGACGACGCUGCGUCCUAUGAAGGACGGACAGGUGCCUGUGGGUCGCGACGUGGUCUUCACGAGCGGAGAGGACGGGGUGCUAUACGUCACGGACCUCGCCACAGAGAGCUCUGUGUACCAAGCCGAAGUAUGCGAGGGUUUCGUGCCUUCUUUCGCCGUGACACCUGAGCAGAACCACGUACUAAUCGCGUCGGAUGACGACAGCAACGUGGCGUCCUACAGUCUCCCUCCGGACUGCCAAUUUGAUCAGCUUCUACGUCGCUCCACAGUCGCCAUCCGUCAGGUUACCUGCUCCACCAACUUCAUCGCUAUAGCAGACGAUGAGCCCGUGGUGCGGCUACUACUACGCAGUAAUACAGAGCAGGUGAUCCUCGCAGAGGGGGCUACUGGAGCCGUAAAGAGUGUGGUUCUGGACCCGCAGGAAAAUUAUCUCUGUGCCAGCAGCGAGGACGCGACUGUGCGAGUCUUUGCACUUGAUGCAGAGAGCCAGCGUGCCACAGAGGCCAAAGCGUUCAAGAUCAAGCACGGAGACAUCAGGAACGACGACGUUUUGCUACGUUGUGCCUGGCAACCGGGAGAUGCUGGCAAGUUGCUGGCCGUGCCUGUGGACAAGGCGACUAUCGAGCUCUUUGAACGAGACUCGUGGGUUUCCAAGGGCCAGAUAAGGCUGCCUGCUGGCAGAAGUACCGCUGCUGAUGUGGAUAUCCUGGCAUUCUCGCCAAACGGCCAGUAUUUGGCUGCUGUGACGUGUGCCAAGGAGGUUUAUGUAUGGGAACUAGAGACACAGACUGUGCUGCGCGCCUUCCGAAUCGACUACCCGGCACUUGGCGUACAAUUCGCCAACAAGAGCAACGCGUUGGUGCUCUAUCACACUGGCGGCAAGUUGGCGUUCGUCAAGGAUGUCAUCCCUGCAGGACACACGCCACCGCAACAUGUUGCUGGUCAGUCAGCUGCAACCAAGUCUUCUUAUUCGAGUAAGAAGAGUCUAAAAGCUUCCUCAUUUAUGGACGAUGAGGCUGAGGAGGAUGGCAGACAUGACGAAGACGACGACGAAGAAGAAGUGAGUUUUGAUGACGAUAACGAGGCAAGAGUGGAGGCGAUCAAAGCCAGUUUCGGGUUUGGUGCUGCUGCCAAUACCAAAGACGAUGAAAUCGAAGACGAACAAGUAUCUGCGUCUGCCCAAACUGCUCCAAAGCCGAGUCGGCAGGAGAAUUCUCCUCUGCGUACACUCACGAAACCUUUUCAGCCGGGUAGUGUGGUGGACUCCAUGGGACGUAGUAGCAGUGCUACAUCACUGCUGGCGUGGACACCUGAGGGUGAGAUUGAAGUGAUUCGAGGCGCCAGUAUGAGCGAAAACCUCGUCAAAGUGGACUUCACAGACAAGUCUCGUCGCGGAUUCAAGUUCAACGACAACUACAUGUUCUCGAUGGCCUUUCUGGACAAUUAUGGCGCUGUGUUUGCUGUCCCUCGACGUAUUCGUGAGGACUGGGAGGACCUUGACGCUGGCUCCAGUGAAAGUGACGUGAUCAGCAGCUUUGUGUUCUACCGGCCAUUCGAGUCUUGGGCGAGCAAUAGCUCGUGGCACAAGACGUUGCCAGAGGGCGAAGACGCCGAGUGUGUUGCUGCUGGGCGUGAGUUCUGUGCAGUGGCCACGUCACUGCAAACGCUUCGAGUCUACACAGCCAGCGGGAUUGACUAUGCGCUGCUACGUCUUCCUGGUCGUGUUGUGACUAUGACAGCGAAAGAAUCUCUACUAGCUGUGGUGUAUCAGGGUCUGCAUGGCCAACUACACUACCAACUGCUCCGUAUUCAAGUGGAUUCGUCCCGUGAACGGGUUCAACUGGUCUCCAAAGGUGCCCUACCCAUGACCCCACCGCCGCGCGAUGUGUUCGCGUCACACAAGGAGAACGAAGCUGUUCGUGGAGAUAUUUCUAACUGGUCUACACUCACGUGGCUCGGCUUCGAUGACCGUCAGAUUCUCUACGCGGUGGACUCGUUCUCGUGUAUUCAGGCGCUGUCUCCAAGUAUAGGGGGGAACUGGUUCCCUGUCGGCUGUGUGGGCAACGCGUUGCAGAAGAAACCAGAGGAUCGUCACGGUGUCUUUACGCUGGGAGUUGUCAACGAUUCGCUGUUGUAUUUCCCUCUAGACAAAGGCGCUCGCGGCCCAAAACUUCGCGGAAAUCAUCGUCCUGUGCCUGCUACGUUCGGAUUGCGUACAGCAUCUUUCCCCAAGACAUCGAAGAAGACCGAAGGGGCCUCUAAUGGCCACAUGUGGCAGAAUGUCCGACUCUGUGGACUGGAGACUAUUGCCAACGAGGUUAACGCUGAGCAAGUUGCCGACCAAGUAGUGCACGAACAGGCUGAGAUGGAUAAGGCUCUGAUCUUGAUGAUGAAGACUGCGUGCACCAAUGACGAGCCUGCGCGUGUCUUGGACUUGGCCAAGUGUCUGCAUCUUGAGAAGUCUCACCAGAUCGCACAGAAGCUCGCGAUCCACUUCUCUCUGCGGCAACUGCAGUCUCAGCUCUACGAAUUGUACCGCGUUAAGUUCGAGGAGCCUCGACGAAUGGUGCAGGAGCCCAUGGUGCAAGCUUCUCAGCCGCUACGACAGCCUCGUUCUUAUCAGGAAGAGACAGAGCCCGAGCCACGAGAGGUGGAGCCUUUGCGUCGUGCACGUAGCAUCCUGUCUCGGCCUCCGACGACAGAGACGCGUGAAGAAAAGUACGACGAGGAGACUGCGUCGAUUAAUGAGGCUAAGGAGGACAAGACCCCAAGCUCACCAAAGACUACUCCCUCGAAGAGCAAUGCAGCACGUGUGGAGCGAUCAGUGGCGCCGGCGAACCCUUUCCUGAAGAAGCCUGGCACCUCUGCGGCGUCGCCCUCAGGCAGCAAAAACAAGAAGUCAGGCUUACAGCGGCUGGCCAAGUUCGCGUCGCCGCCUUUAGCUAAGAAACAGCGUCGGUCGACUUGGAAGAAAUAGAGCAGGGCAAUGUGAACAGGCAGAGCCACACGACCAUCGGAAGUGUCU